AUGGUAGUCUAUAUGAAUGCUUUUUACGUUUCAUUCUCGGUCGACUUACGGCGCACCUGGACGCCGUGCUCGAGCGCUGCCAGACCAUGCUGCUUUGAGUUUAUAUUAAUAGCCAUUCAACAUGCCGGAAUGGAGCAUCUUUGUCAACCUCGUCGAUUUUAG